AGGAGCACAAGAGCUUAUCUUUCUACUCGUCUUACCAUCAGCUCCGCCCACGGAGAGGCGAGGUCGAAGCGGCGCGGGUUAGCGGGACACCGGCAACGGAAGCGGAGGUAUGAUGCUCCCAGGUGUUGAGCUUGCUCGCCGGCGCCGCCUCCACCACCGGAAUGACUCGUAUCUGCGAGGCCCGUCGGAACCCUCGUCCGCCGCUCAGCCGCAGCCCAUCGACCAGCCCGCCGCCGCUGCUGCCCGACGCCGACUAGAGGAGAAGCUUCGACGUCCUUUCGCUGUAUCUCGUUCUCCAUCCUCUUCACCUUCAAUAAGCUCCCCCUUCCCAAGAUGGAUGAGGAGCUCAACAACAAGUGUGCAAGACAACUCAAGGCAAGUUCAUGAGAACAGAGGCACAGCAAAGCAAGGUGGUGAGCUCUCAAGAAAACCGUCGAGGGUCGACAUCUGUGCUGUGUGUCUGGAUGGCUUUAGAGUACAGCAGCAGGUCAUCUGGUUGCCCUGUGCUCACAGAUAUCACUCCAGCUGCGUCCUCCCCUGGCUUGCAGAUCAUUCCCAUUGCCCAUAUUGCAGAACAGAAGUUCCUUCUUUGGAAUUGCUUUCUGAUAACGUGCUUUGAUGACAAAUGCCAGAGGAAUGGUAUGUUCCUGCUUGUAUUUUCGCUCUUUUAUCUGUAACUUUUCUUCCAUUUCUUUUCUUAGAUCUCUGUCUUCUAUUUUGAUUUGCCUAGGUUUUUUAUUAAGAUGUAAUUAAGAGUGGAGCAUGAGAGUCUAAAUGGCUUUAAGAUAU